UGGAGGCGUGUUUUUGAACGGAUUGUGUGGAAUGCACAAAACAUUUGCCGCUCGUCUGCGGUUUAACAUCACUUGCCACAAAAUCUGUCAGGGGUGCGUCUUACGGCUCCACAGACUGGUCUGCAGCGCGUGCAUGGGUUUCUUUUCCAGUAGUGCAACAAGUUUUCAGAGGGCUACUGAAAUCAGUCACAGCUCACACUGUCUCCUAGUGAACGAGCGCGCACCGGUCGGGGAUCUCAGAAGCGCGCUCCAGUGUUACCAACGUCGCCGUACAGUCCUUCAGAGAUAAAUCGAAAGAAAAUAGUGACAGAAUAUUUUUACUCUCAUCCCGUCGCUACUGGUGACUGCACUUUGUAGUAUAGGGUCGAGAAGGAGUCAUGAGGGGUCUAGAGGCAAAUAAGGAGUCCCGGAGCGCGGUGAAAAUGGAGAGCGACACCGGUGCUGGCAAGCGGCGGCACUGUCUUAAAGGUGCCGUGGAUGUGAUACCGUUUGUCUUUUCUGUCGUGUCCUUUGCCUUUUGCUUUUUACUGAGUGUUCAGAACAGUGACAUUAAGGAGAGAGUUGUGGAUUUAGAAAUCGGAAGUGGUGCGCGCCUCUUAAGUCCGCUUAAUGGACUGACCAUGGAUCAGUUUAAUGCAAUGGUACAGGAGAAAGUGGACACGCUACUGUCACAGCGCUCUUAUGAACACUUGGCUAGAGUAAGGACUGUCCGGGAAACCUCACCAGACUGCAACUGCCCACCAGGUCCACCUGGAAAAAGAGGAAGAAGAGGACGCGACGGAGACCCAGGACCUCCUGGCACACCUGGUCCAAAAGGUGAAAAGGGCGAUCAAGGCGAUCAGGGACCUCGGAUGGUCUUCCCUAAGAUCAAUCAUGGCUUUCUUUCUGCUGAUCAGCAACUCAUUAAACGUCGGCUCAUUAAGGGAGAUCAGGGUCAGGCCGGCCCCCCAGGACCUCCCGGACCUCCUGGCCCCCCUGGCCCCAGGGGACCUCCGGGAGACACAGGAAAAGACGGCCCGAGAGGAGUUCCAGGGCUUUCAGGAGACCCUGGAAGUCCUGGUGAGUUUGGUCAAAUGGGACCUGAGGGCCCUCCAGGACAGAUGGGUGCAAUUGGGCCGCCAGGUACUGAUGGAAUAAAGGGAGAUAUGGGUAUGACAGGAUUAGAUGGAAUCCCUGGCGCCAAGGGUGACAGAGGUGAACGGGGUGAAAAGGGAGACAUGGGAGAGGAUGGGCCGAAAGGUGAAUCCGGAGAGAAGGGUGAUGCCGGCUCUUCUGCUGCUGGCAUCAAGGGUGAACCGGGUGAGCCAGGACGAGGAGGACAUAAGGGAGAGCCAGGACUUCCAGGGCUGCCUGGACUCCCCGGGAUUAAGGGUGAACCUGGUUUCUAUGGACCUCAGGGUGAGCCUGGACUGCCCGGCCUGCCAGGAACAAAGGGAGAGAGAGGAGAACCAGGACCACCUGGUAAGGGUGAACGGGGCGAGACUGGCCCAGCAGGACACAAGGGAGAGCCGGGGGAACCAGGUACUCUAGGCCCUAAAGGUUACAAGGGGGACACAGGAGACAAAGGAGAUUUCGGCCAAGAAGGUCCACAAGGUCCACCCGGAGAUAAAGGUGACCAGGGUACAACUGAAAUCAUUGACUACAAUGGAAACAUCCAAGAGGCUCUUCAGAAGAUAACCACUAUUACAGUUACGGGUCCUCCGGGACCACCCGGGCCAGUUGGACCAAAGGGGGUAAAGGGAGAUCAGGGUGUUCCUGGACUUCCGGGCCUGGAUGGAGAACGGGGUCACAAAGGCUCAAAAGGUGACAUGGGAAUUCCUGGAAUAUCAGGAGAAAAGGGAGCAAUGGGACUUCCGGGGUUACAGGGUUUGAGUGGUCUGAAAGGAGACAAAGGAGAUGGCGGUCUGUCUGGUCCUCAGGGACCUUCAAUCAUUGGGCCCCCCGGAGCACUGGGGCCUCAUGGACCCCCUGGACCCAUGGGUCCUCAUGGAUACCCUGGGCCAAAGGGGGAACCAGGGGUGCAUGGUCUCAAAGGAUUGCGUGGGGAGCCCGGGCAUAAGGGCGACAGAGGACCCCUGGGUCUCCCCGGAGCGUCUGGCUCAGACGGCAAGCCGGGACCCAGGGGUGUGGAUGGACCAGUCGGUGCAUCUGGUCCAGCGGGUCCAAAGGGAGAUAGAGGUGAGAAGGGUGAUGUUGGCGAUCCUGGACCCAGGGGGCCGUAUGGGUUACCUGGAGCUGCUGGAACACCAGGACUGGAUGGGUUGCCAGGCUUAAAGGGAGACAAGGGCGUCGAGGGGGAAAGAGGAGAAAAGGGUUUCCGGGGCUUAAAGGGUGAAAAGGGAGACCCAGGUCAACCUGGUUUGGAUGGGCUGGAUGCCCCGUGCCAAUUGGGUCCAGAUGGACUUCCAAUGCCAGGCUGCUGGCAGAAGUGAUAACUCUAACUCAAACCGCAUGGAGUUUGUAAAUAAGGCUUCAGUUUUUCGUAUGUACGUAUAUUGUUUUUUUUAAUUCAGAAAAGUACCGAGUCUAUAUAUAAAAGUGGAUGUAGAUGUUAAAAAACACGCUCAUGGCGCUCACACGUAGCUGCUGCUUCUUAUCCCGUGUGGUCAUGGCAACGUGCGUUACAUUCACAUCAGCACUGUGGAUUUUUUUAAACACUUGACCAGCAAGAGACUCGCCAUUGCUCGGCUUUGCAUGGCCCUUGGAUUGGAUACCAAAGCAGACUAACAGGGUAAAAUGGAGGAGUUUUCAGACUCUGGCGGAUGAGGAGCAAAAGCGUCUGAAGGAUCAACUUUGGUGUGCUUGAUGUACUGUGUUCAUCUAUAAACCCAUCACCACACCAUACUACCAGCUCAAAAGACUAAAGACCUCAUACGCAACCCCCGAAACAAGCAUGGUGCCGAUCUGAAGUCCCGUGUACACAUAUCACUUGUGCUCAAAGUGUCUGUCGGUCACUAACUGCCUGUGAAAUCUGUCCGAUUUCAAUCAAAAGAUGUCAUUUUUUGUCUUUCAUGAAGGGUGUCACGCCUUGGCUGGUGGCUUGAGAAAGUGAUGGAAAAGUGUGGUUUGCUUUAUUUGUACGGAGGUCGGUGUGGGAUCUGGCCACUUGCGUAACCUUUUAGCAAAGAGAUAGAGAGAGGAGACAUCCGCCGGUCUUUCCGCGGCCACUCAUGGACGUUUUUUCUUGAACUGAAGUUGGACGGUACAGUAUGACGCCAUCUUGGUUAACUCUUCACACGGGUUUGUGCUCAGCUUGAUCUACUGAGAACAGCAGGAUGGAUUUUUGACUUGUCGGUAAAAUUUGCAUUUGUGUGUAUUAUAGCCUUCGGUGCCUGAACUCAUUUGUUAUUCUUUCCUUUAUUGGGAACGGCUAUAUCUAUGCUUUGUGCUGUAGACAUGACACCGACAGAGAGUGAAGUUCAUGGUCAGAGUUCAAUGCGUUACAUUCUUCAUGGCGUCUGAAGGUCUUUAAUGUCAGAGGGAGUGUUUUGAGUCUCAGUAUAUACUGUACAUACUGUGCUUGUUUAACCUUGAACAUGUGUGUAAAAGUAACCAUGACAGGUAUGUGAUGGUGUCAGUUCAGCUGAGCUUAAAGAAAAUCACAAGCCAUAUUCACAAAACACACAGCAUGGUAACGUAUCACAUAUUUCAUCCGCUGUACUACAUUCCGGUGUCUAUUUAAAAAAAAAAAUCUGUCAGUAUGUUCAUUUUUCUACAGGACAGCUUCUCAACCAUUUGACCAUUACUUUUAAACUUUUAAACACAAGCUACAGUAUAUUAAACAAACAUGCAUGACCACAGAUGUUUAAAUGUGUUUAUCUGUAAGGAGAUUAUGAUAUUUUUGGCCUUUUAGUUUAUGUUUAUAAAAAGGAAGAAAAGGUUGGUUGCUUUGUUUUGUUUGUACUGGAUUUAAGGCAUAUUGCUGAAGAACGUUGUUUUCUUUCUUCACAUUUUAUUUUUAUUAUCAUCUGCUGUUUUACAUAGCGCAGUGUUUUGGUUUAUUCUUAAGAUGGCAGAUUGGUUUAUAAACAGUCAUUCCUUAAGUUGAAAGACCUUUUUCAUACAGUGUUGUGUGAAGCAAUAUCAUUGGUGAUCAACACAAAUUCAUUAUUGUUCGUAUUUUUUUUCUUUUUUGCAAACAAUUCAUUAGCUUAUGAUGUCACUAAACAUAAGUGAGAUUUGGUGAAGUUAUUUUCUGGAUAUAGUUGAAGGAACCAGUCACAAGUCUUAUUGACAGUGUUCUGAAACAAAUGUAAGAUACGUGUCACAUUUCUUUCUUUCUUUCUUUCUUUCUUCAUUGAAUGUAAAUUAAUAUAUGUAUAGUGGACUAUGAGUGUGCAUUUAAAUAUUUGUUCUUUCGAUUUGAAAAGUGCAAUUUCUCAUAUGUAAUGAUGUGCACCAUACAAAAACUCAAUGUCAUUACACAGCAGUAUUGUGAUAUAUGAGAAAAUAUUUGAAUCACUUUCAUGUUGGAACUGUUGAUCUUUUUGUUUUAGUUUAACAUGGUUACAAAUGCAACUGAAAACAGUAAUGUCAGGGCUGGGUUUUUCGCAAAUGUUUGUUUGCAAACUGAUAAGUGUGAAACUGCAUGCGUACCAGACACAUCAUUAUUUUUACAAGCCAUUUGUAGCCAUUUUCACAAAUAUUUCAUUAACGUUUGUGUCCAUUUAUUAUUGGUAUUAUUGUAAUGUCUGGAGUUCUUUAAGGGAGUUGUCUUAGGUUUUGUAUAUAAAAGGCAUGGGAGCCAAAUGUGUCUUUCAAACUCAUUUUGUCUUUUGAAGGUUUGCUAUAUAAAGUGUUGGUGCUGAAUGAAACAUUUCCUUGUUUUUCCUGUUUUUUUUGCCAAAAGUUUAUUACAGAAAAUUCCAUUGAUUUGUUUUCUUAAGCGUUGUAAGUUAUGACAAUCUAUGAUUUUCUUAUGUGUAUGUUUGUACAGUGUAUUACCUAUUAUUUUGUUUUAAUGUGUAAAAUUAUUUUCAACCACUUUUUGGAAGAGUUAUUAUAAUAUUAUAAUUAUAAUUAAAAACAUUUUUUUACAAAAUUUACAGAAUAACUCUUCCCCGUGUCUGAACAAACACGUACAAAAGAACAAUAAGAUCACUAAUGUGUUUUGUCUGAUUUAAUCGCUAGAGACAAAGGUUUCUAGAAUUUGAACAUCAUAACUAUUUAAAGGGAUAGUUCACCCAAAGAUGAGAAUUCUGACAUCAUUUACUCACCAUCUAGUUGUUUCAAACCUGUAUACAUUUUUGUUCUUUGUUCUGAUAAACACAGAGAAAGAUAUUUGGAAGAAUGCUCAUAACUAGACAGAUUUUGCACCCAUUGACUCCCACCGUAAGAAAAAAUACAAGUCUACAGUUCCCCAGAACUGUCCAACAUUCUUCAAAAUGUCUUAUUUUGUGUUCAACAGAAAAAAAAUGAUCAGGUAAUUUUUCCUACUAUGGAGUCAAUAGGGAGCAAAAUCUGUUUGGUUAUAAGGAUUCUUCCAAAUAUCUUUCUCUGUGUUCAACAGAACAAAUAAUUGUAUACAGAUUUGGAACAACUCGAAGGUGAGUAAAUGAUGACAGAACUUUACAUUUAUGGGUGAACUAUCACUUUAAACAGACGGUGAGUUGAACAUUAAUCACGCAGUGAUCAAAUCAUCAAAAAUGUACUUUUCAUCAAUCUGUUUUCUUCAUUUGCUCUCAAUUCAAGUAUGUUUUAAAAUGUAUUUGUUGUAAUUGUUUUGCCUUUUUGUUAAGUAUUGUUGGGGAUUUGCAACAAGAUUGUUCAUUGUUAUGUGUUUAUAAAUGGCUCUAGAUAUUUCACUUUAAAUACAUGUUACAUGACAGUACUAGAGCCAAAUAAAUGCUGUUUUCUCCAGUUAAUUGCA